GUCUCGCUCACCGCCGCCGCCGCUCGUUUCCCCAUCCCCUCGCCGCCGCCGCCGCCCCCGCCGCCGCCAUGCUCCGGCUCCGGUGCCGCGUCCUCACUCAGCUCCUCUCUUCUCCACCCCGCUCUCUCGCCUCCCAGCUCCGCCGCCUCAUCUCCGCCGCAGCGCCCGCCAUCUCCCCGAACCCUACCAGCUUCGCCGUAGAGGACUACCUCGUCGACACCUGCGGCCUCGCCCGGCCCCAGGCACUCGAGGCCUCCGCCAAGCUCUCCCACCUCAAGUCCCCCGCCAAUCCCGACGCUGUCCUCGCCUUUCUCGCCGGCCCCGGCCUCUCCGGCGCCGACGUCGCGUCCGUCCUCGCCAAGGACCCGCCGUUCCUCUGCGCCAGCGUGGAGAGGACCCUGGCCCCCGUCGUCGCGGGGCUCACCGGCUUCGGCCUGUCACGCUCCGAGAUCGCGCGCCUCGUCUCGCUCUCCCGCCACAGAUUCCGCCGUAUGUCCAUCGUCUCCAAAGUGCAGUACUACCUGCGCUUAUUCGGCUCCUUCGAGAACCUCCUCCGUGCUGUCAGCCGUGGCUUAUGCCUUCUCUCGGCCAACCUCGAGACGGUGGUCAAGCCCAAUGUCGCUUUCCUGCAGGAGUGCGGGCUAGGCGACUCCGACAUUGCCAAGUUGUGCAUCGCUCAACCAUGUCUGCUCGCCUCCAACUUGGAGCGCGUCCGGGAAGUGGUGGCACUUGCCGAAGGUAUAGGUGUGCCUCGUGGCUGUAGGAUGUUCAGACACGCAUUGCACGCUGUUGGACGCCUCAGCGAGGGGAAGAUCGCCGCCAAAGUGGAUCACUUGAAGGCGACGUUUAGGUGGUCAGAUGCUGAGGUCCGCAUUGUUGUGUCCAAGUUUCCAUUUGUGCUGCUAAGUUCUAACCAGAUGCUGCAGAGCAAGUCAGAGUUCCUAAUCUAUGAGGCGGGGUUGGAACCGGCAUACAUCGCUCAUCGGCCGGCAUUGCUCUUGUACAGCCUGGAGGGCCGGAUCAAACCCCGGUACUAUGUUGUAAAGUUUCUUAAGGAAAAUGGAUUGCUUGAUCAUGACCGAGACUACUAUAAUGCAGUCAUGCUGGCAGAGAAGGUAUUCAUGGAGAAGUUCAUAUGCCCUCAUAAGGAAGCUGCGCCGCACCUCACAAAAGACUACGAUGCCGCUUGCAAAGGGGAAAUGCCGACUAAUUUCAGAUUCACAUGAGCCAUGAACGGGUUAUGAAAAUUCGUAACUGUGUGCUGGUGGUCAGUUGAUGUAUGUCUGCUAGAUAUCCUGGGCUAGUCGUUGCUAACGUGUGAUGAAACUGAUAUUUGUUUCUUGAAUCCUGAUAUGUAGUGCCAUCAUUCAGUUGAGAAGAAACCAUGGCUUCGUUAUGAACUUUUUUGUCCGCGUUAAUGAUUUUAAACAGAUGUAUUGGAACUAAGAAAGUGUGAGAUGAAGCCAUUCUGCAAUGCAAAUUAAAAUUUCAGUUCUGGUGCAUUGAGAGUUUGAGACAAUGGGCCUGUUUGCAUCACAGCCAGCAACAGCCUUACCAAAAAUAUUUGGGUAUUGACUGGCUUGUUGGCCUUUGGUUGGUAGCAGAGUUUUUGGUUAUGCGCCAAAGUUUUGGUUGCUCGUUCAGUUCUAGCGUCAGGUUGUUGGCGAAUCCACACGGCAAAAUAGUGCACUAAUUUUUUGGCGAGCCCUGAUUUGGCAAGGCUGGUACUGGCGGCAUCCACACAGCCCCGAUGAGCCAAGGCAAGGUCUCCUUCAUUGUGGGUAUUCAAGAUCAUGUGAGCUGCUGGAUCUGUUUGUAUGUCGCCUGGACCCUACAUAGUGCUCUGCAAGGCCUGGAGCAAAAGUUGGGAGUCUUGUACAGAUCGAUUCAGAGCUGGUGGUGUUAUAUCUUAAAAGAAUACCGAGCGCUUGUUUAACUGGAUGGACGCAGCCUUGGCUAGAGCAUCUGCAAUCAUAUUUUGUUCUCUUGGAACAUAGGCCUGGAGCUUAUGAAAAGUUUGUUGAUCAGCAGCAUGGUAACUGGUUGCAGAGUCCGGUGAGGAGCUGGAGUGUGUGUUUUCGGCUAGUUAGGGGGUGUUUGGUUCAGGGACUUUUUAGUCCCAGAGAUUAGAAAAAGUCCCUAGGAACCAAACGGGUGGGACUUUUUCUACAGGGACUAGAAAAAGACUCUACUAGAGAGUCUUUUUUGAUUAGUCCCUGGGACUAGAAAAAGUCCUAGGACUUUUGAACCAAACACCCCCUUGAUAAGUCUGAUGCAUGCAUUCCUAAGUGUCGACAACUUCUGCAUGUACAGGGGAGGGAGGAAUUGCCUGAACAUCAUCUACACAAAGAGUAUAUUUUUACACAUGGAGCUAUGUAUUUGGUACUAGCAGUAGUAGUGUUGAG